GAGCACACCCCCGGCCGGAACGUUCCGGGCUCGGCAGCUGUUUCCCGGGGGAAAGCGGCCCCGGCGGCGCCUCCUCCGGUGCGGCGGCCCCGGCUGGCGGAAGUGACGGCGGGGUUUGUUGACAGCGGAGGCCGCGGCGGGGGGGGGGGGGAGCGGGCCCCGAGCAGGAGGAGGCCGAGCCCUGCCCGCCGGCCCGGGCCCUCCGCAGCCGCCCGGGGGCCUGGCGCCAGCUGCCCUGAUGUCUCUGUAAAUUCAUCCUGGGAUUUCAUCUGAGGGAAGGAUCUUCUGAAUCAAAAGCUUCCUUCUGUUCUUCCCCUGCCCACUGCUUCCCUCAAGAUGGCAUCUGAUAGCCCGGAGUCACUAAUGACCUUGUGCACAGAUUUCUGCCUUCGCAACUUGGAGGGGACUCUCUGCUACCUGCUGGACAACGAAACGCUCCGACUCCAUCCUGACAUCUUCUUGCCAAGCGAGAUUUGUGACAAACUUGUCAACGAGUAUGUGGAGCUGGUCAAGACGGACAGCAUCUUCGAACCCCAUGAAAGCUUCUUCACCCUGUUCUCUGAUCCCCGGAGCACCAGGCUAGCUCGGAUCCACUUGCGGGAACAGAUCGUGCAGGACCAGGACCUGGAGGCCAUCAGGAAGCAGGAUCUUGUUGAGCUCUACCUGACUAACUGUGAGAAGCUGACAGCCAAGAGUCUGCAAACCUUGGUGAGCUUCAGCCACACGCUUAUCUCCCUCAGCCUCUUUGGAUGCUGUAAUAUCUUCUAUGAGGAGGAAAACCCUGGAGGUUGCGAAGAUGACUGUUUGGUGAACCCCACUCGCCAGGUUUUGGUCAAGGACUUCACUUUUGAAGGCUUUAGCCGCUUGCGCUUCCUGAACCUGGGUCGCUUGAUUGAAGGGGUAAAUGUGGAGACGUUGCUUCGGCCUUUGGCCUCCCUUGCAGCUCUUGAUCUCUCCGGGAUCCAGCUGAACGAUGUGGGAUUUCUGACCCAGUGGAAGGACAGUCUGGUUUCCUUAGUGCUUUACAACAUGGACCUUUCAGAGGAGCACAUCCAAGUGAUUGCACAGCUUCACAAGCUCAGGCACUUGGAUAUCUCCCGCGAUCAUCUGUCCAGUUACUACAAAUUCAAGCUGACCCGGCGGGUUCUAAACCUGUUUGUGGAAAACUUGCUAAACCUCACUUCGCUCGAUAUCUCAGGGCACACCAUGUUGGAGAACUGCACUAUCCCAAGCAUGGAAGAGAAGAUGGGCCAGACAAGCAUUGAGCCAGCAAAGAGCAGCAUUGCACCCUUCCGGGGUCUGAAACGACCACUCCAAUUCUUGGGCCUUUUUGAGACAUCUCUCUGCCGCCUGACGCAUAUUCCAGCCUAUAAGGUGAGUGGAGACAAGAAUGAAGAGCAAGUCCUGAAUGCUAUCGAGGCUUACACUGAACACCGGCCAGAAAUCACUUCGCGGGCCAUCAACCUCCUUUUUGACAUCGCCCGCAUUGAGCGUUGCAGCCAGCUGCUGCGAGCCCUUCAGCUGGUGAUCACAGCCCUCAAGUGCCACAAGGAUGACAAAAACAUCCAGGUGACAGGCAGCGCAGCGCUGUUUUACCUGACGAACUCUGAGUACCGCAUGGAGCAGAGCGUAAAGCUGCGGCGCCAGGUCAUCCAGGUGGUGCUGAACGGCAUGGAGUCCUACCAGGAAGUCACAGUACAGCGGAACUGCUGCCUGACACUGUGUAACUUCAGCAUUCCCGAGGAGCUGGAGUUCCAGUACCGCCGAGUCAACGAGCUGCUGCUGAACAUCCUCAAUCAGAGCCGGCAGGAUGAGUCUAUCCAACGCAUCGCCGUGCACCUCUGUAAUGCUCUGGUCUGCCAGGUGGACAACGAUCAUAAAGAAGCUGUGGGCAAGAUGGGUUUUGUCAUGACGAUGCUAAAAUUGAUUCAGAAGAAGCUGGCUGAUAAAACGUGCGAUCAGGUGAUGGAGUUCUCCUGGAGUGCCCUCUGGAACAUUACUGAUGAGACCCCUGAUAACUGUGAGAUGUUCCUUAACUACAGUGGCAUGAAACUGUUCUUGGAGUGCUUGAAAGAGUUCCCAGAGAAACAGGAGCUGCAUCGCAAUAUGCUGGGCCUCCUUGGCAAUGUGGCAGAGGUGAAGGAACUCCGCCCACAGCUCAUGACCUCCCAGUUCAUCAGUGUGUUCAGCAACCUGCUGGAGAGCAAAGCAGAUGGGAUUGAGGUAUCCUAUAAUGCCUGUGGCGUGCUCUCCCAUAUAAUGUUUGAUGGCCCAGAGGCUUGGGGUAUAUGUGAGCCACACCGAGAGGAAGUUGUAAAGAGGAUGUGGGCAGCCAUCCAGAGCUGGGAUAUCAACUCCAGAAGAAAUAUCAAUUACAGGUCAUUCGAACCAAUCCUUCGACUUCUUCCACAAGGGAUCUCUCCGGUCAGCCAGCACUGGGCUACUUGGGCGCUGUAUAACUUGGUCUCUGUCUACCCUGACAAGUAUUGCCCACUGCUCAUCAAAGAAGGUGGGAUUCCCCUUCUGAAGGACAUGAUUAAAAUGGCCUCAGCACGGCAAGAGACCAAGGAAAUGGCCCGGAAAGUUAUAGAGCACUGCAGUAACUUUAAGGAGGAGAACAUGGACACUUCCAGAUAGAGGCAAUCACCUAGUGCCUCUUGCCAGCACUGUAUCCAGCUUCUCUCUAAUUCACUGUAUAUAGGGAGGACUCUUUCUUACCAACUCGCCCGUUGGAAGGAAACUUUGUGUGUGUGUGUGAGACCCUCAGUAGAUGAAGGUGAACAGGGGAGGGGGGGGAGGGACUUUUUGCACAACAAAAUGCUUUCCUUAAAUUAGUGGACUUUUUCGUUAUGAAGUUUCAGAUUGAAGUUCUGUGUGUAUGAUUUCUGUAUAAAAAGAAAAAAACAAAGACAACUACAUUAUGUAUCUUUUAACCUUUUUUUUAGACCACACAGAGAGCCUCAAAUGAUCAUGAGCUUGAAGACCUAGUUGUGUGAUCGCUAGCGUGACUUUUUUUAUUUCCCACUUUUUAGAAAAUUCCCUUUUGCUGUAUUGCAUGAGGUCCUGUAAUGUCUGCAAGAACACCAGUCCUGAAUUGGUAUUGGCCACUCAAUGGGUUUUAUAGGCAAUGCUGAGUUAUUUAUUUGCUUAGAGAGGUUGGGGGACACAACACAAGAGUUAGACCAAGAGAACUGACCUUUUUAGUAAUAUUUGUAAGUAGAGAAAAUGGGAAAGAAAGAUCUUUCAAGUCAAUUCAUUCCCUUAACGUUUUUUAUGGAAGACUCAUGUUAACAGAAGCCCUGCUAAGUGUACGUGGGUCAUUUGGAAGUAAGACAUUCCCAUUAAAGUCAAGAGUUCUGUUUUGUCCCCUUUGGCAGUUCAGUAGGAUCUGCCAGCCCACCCAGUCUCACACGGUCAGGGACGACCAGUAAAACCAGUUACACAUCCAUGGCAACACAGAGCUUUUCCGUCUAAGGGAGGCUGUGCAACAAGGAACAAGGUUUGUUCACAAAGGGCUAUACAUCUUCAUUCCAGUACUUCAGCUUCUUAGUUGUGUUCUGCUUUAUGGGGAAGGGCUACAAAUGCCAGAGAGUGGAUUUCCCCUUGGCAUAAGAAGUUCUAUUAGACCCUAGGCCAGAGCAGCUUGUACCAGUGCAAGUUCCAGUAAUGGACUGAAGCUGUCCUACCCUUCUUCAGUCUGUGUAGGCACAAGCCAUGCUCUAUGACAAAGUAAUCUCCCUUUAGAGGAGAAGCUUACUGCAGCACAAGUGCUGUCAUUGGAGGUGCUAACAUCCUCUUUUGAGCCUGGGGAGUUUCUAGGCACACUUUGGAGUGUGAUCUCAUGAAAUAGCACCUCUUGUUCCACCCCAACAUCUUCCCCUUCUUCUGGGAAGCAAAGGGCCCUAUUCUUAUCCAACUCCCACCAGUGCAGUCCCACUCACAUCAGCAGAAUUACUCCAAUUUAUAUGGUGUAGGGGAGAAGGGAGUCCCGCUAAGGUGGUCUUGACCGUUAAGACUCUAGACCUAUAGAUGCUUAAGAAGCCAAGGGCCAAAGUUUGCUGCACAGCCAGGCACUCAACACCGCAUCGUGCAGUUCAUGCUCAAGAGCCCCCUGCUUGUCACAGUUCUUUCAAAAUUCACAGUUCUUCCCUUAAAAAGGGGUUUAGAAAAUAUUUUACAUCUGCAGUUAGAGGAAGCCAUGGCCACGUGAUUUAGGACAUUUCAGGCCUCACACAGCACAGUAACCGUCGCUGCUCUCUUCCCUUACAUUGCUCUCAGAUUUGACUCGCUGCUAUGACAGGUUCUUCUAAUGCUCAGAGUUAAUGCUGUCAUUGCUGAGCACAUUAUAGAUAGAUCCUAGAGACACAAACUGACACUUUAAAUGAUAGAACACAGCUGCCCUGAGAAGUUUACUUUUUUUCUGCCAAUAUGGUGUUACUCAAUGUCUUUUUUUCUCUUUUUAACCAUACGUCAUUUGUUUUGAUAUUGUGAGAUCUGUACUUUUUUCUUUAAGUAUUUUUCAAACUUAUAUAUAUUUUUGUGUCACUUUUGAAUUGUUUUCAUAUGGUUUGCAAAACUUGACAGAUUAUACUUUUUUUUUUGAGGUUGUUUGAUUGAAAUGUAUUUUUAUCUCUCUGAUUCCUGUUCCCUGAGAACGUGUGUCCCUAUAAGCUUUGAGACAGACAAGUUUAUUUCAUGAUGUUUUCUGUGUAACACUUGCUAAUCGUUCUCCUAGAUGCAAAACUAAGAGCGGCUGCAUAUACUGCUUACCAGCCUCCACGCAUUAGGGGAGUCAGGCUUUCCUCAUUUAAUCUUCCAUUUACUGCUCUCCUUUUGAAGUUGUCUCAUGUGACAGUACCACCCACUAGACUUUAUUCCUCUCUAACGCCCAUGUUGUGAAAGCUCCUACCACUAAAAUCUUGAAUCAAGUGACAAAAAGCACUCAAGGUUCUGACUAUGUUGGCAAGGUGGGAUUGAAGGAAGAGGGGAAACAGAGAGGCAAGAGGUAUCAGCAACCUAGAAUGCAGAAUCCCCAGAAUUUAGUUGCCAUGCUGAGGAGACAGCUGGAGCACACCUCAGCCUUGCACUGUAAUCACAGCAAAUCAGGCUUUUUACUCUGAGAUGUUGGCAAAACUACAUCAAGGUUAAUGGACAAAUUAUGGCUUGGUUCCAUCUGUCUCAAGACUGAAGAACACCAAAGGUUUGGGUUUUUUCAAACUAGUGCCUGUGUAAGUUGAGUUAUUAGUGAAGUCAUACCUGCUGCAGGUAGACUGUGGUAUCAUAAACUAACAAGAUCCAAGCUGCAUCAAACCUUUGUUUCACAAUGUAAAGAGAUCCUCUGUCCUAACUGCUCACAUAUCCUCAGCAAGCUGUACCUGAGCCUGAACCAGAAAAAAAUAUUUCAAUUUCCCAGCAACAUGGAAAUUAAUGGAGUCAGGCCAGCUUGCCAGAAACGCUUAGUUUUGUGAAAUCUGUCACUAAGCCCAGUGGGAGGGGGGAAAUAUAACUGGCCUAUUACAGCUAGCUACGCAUAAGAUGUUGAGAUGGACCAAAAGCCAGGUAAAUUCCUGAGACAGUAUUUUAAAAAAAAUAGCAUAAUUGUUAGAGUAACAUGAGCUUUUGCUAAAAGCUUCAAUUUCUUUAAGACAAUAAGCUUUGUGAGGUGAAAAAUACCAUAGAAUGGUUUGGGUUGGAAGGGACCUCACAGAUUAUCCCGUUCCACCCCCCCUGCCAUGGAGAGGGACACCUCCCACUAGCCCAGGUUGCCCAAAGCCCCAUCCAGCUUGACACUGAACACUUCCAGGGAUGGGGCAGCCACAACUUCUCUGGGCAACCUGCUCCAGUGUCUCACCACCCUCUGAGUGAAGAAUUUCUUCCUUAUGUCUAAUCUAAAUUUACCCUCUUUUAGUUUAAACACAUUACCCCUUGUCCUAUCAUUACAGGCCAUGGUAAAAAGUCCCUCUCCAUCUUUCUUUCAAGCCCCCUUUAAGUAUUGAAGGGCCACAAUAAGGUCCUCUGAGAACCUUUUCUUCUCCAGGCUAAACAACCACAGCCAGCCUGUUUCUUCAUAGCAGAACAUUGUUCUUUCAGUAAGGAGUGAAAGGUAUUCUCUGAACAUUUAAGUAUAAUCCAGGAAUUCCUGUGAACCGGAGUCUGAAGCUAGGUUGUACCUCAGUCUCCCUAAAUGCAACAACAGGAGUUGUCGUGUCCUAGGCAUAAGGCAUGUACUACGACCUGAAAGCACUUUUUGGAUGCAGAGAGGAGUUAAUGAAUUGCUGCUGUAGAUACAACGCUCAGGACAGAACAGGACAGUUGCCUUAGCUGCAGAAUAUCGAUAUUCUACAGAGAAGGGAACGGCAAAGUGGCUGAUUUUUAUCAAGGUUUUACAUGAAAAGGGGAAGUUGGAUUUCUGGAAAUGCUUGCCUGUUACAGAAAAGGCUCUCAGGCAUUCCAACUUUAUUGGAGCAAAGGAAUGAAACAUGAGACUUCAAUUCCACACACAGUUACAGAGCCAGCAACCAAUCCUGCCUAGGAAGCUAUAACAGGGUUCUACCUGUCUGAUGAAAGUGCAGCUGGAGAAAAGCUCAUCACGCGUGAAGAUAUGGUAGAGGGACUCCUAAUGCUCUGUAGGUGUCCCAUUCACACUCUUAUUCACGUUUUCACUACUACAUUUCCUUUAAUAUUUAAAAACUUAGCAGGCAGAGCAUCAAUACAACUCAGUAGCUCUCUGCAGAGACUGUACCAACAAAGGAACCCUCUACCUUCAGUGUAAGUAGUUUUCUUCCUGACUGGACAAUACCGCAUGGUUCAGCGGCCCAGGUCAAUGAUGCAGCAGUUCUCAGCAUGGAGGGUGUCAGGUGUCUGCCAUUUUCUCUGGAAUAGAUAAAAGAACAAGUUGGUGGGCAACUUUCCACAAGUGCUUCCAUUUUACAAGAUCUGUGGGAGGAUUUGCUUAUACAGAUGGGCAUCUAGUUGUGUGAUGCUUAACAGCGGCAGCACCAGACUUUCUCAUCUAGACCAAGCUGAGAAAGUUUAGCACUGAUAUUUGUGGCAUUAGCAACAAUGCAGAUAAUUCAUCUGACCUGUCUGCAUCAUGGCUUUUAUCUCCCUGCACCUACCUACUAGCUCAAAUGGUAACUCCUCAGCACUGAAUCCUACCCAGCCUGUCACCUUGGCUGGACUUCCAUUGGAGUUGCUUUGGUCUCUGCAAAAGAUGACUGGCAAGAAAAGUCUUGGAGCUAUGACCUUAUUCCCCCUAUCACUUGCAGAAGGAAAUUAAAUACCAGUAGGGCAGCAGAGGUAGGAGCGCUGCCUGAACGCAGCGCUCUACAGAAAAGACAUUUUCCUAAGACUGUUUAGGGAGGAGCCUGCCACUGCUCAGGUGUUAGAGGGUGGCUUGUGCUAGAAAAAAAAAAGUUAAAACUAAGGAAAAAAGCUGGUCUCCACGACAACCAUGUGUAUGAAGCACAGAGGGUAACGGUUGUCAGGGAUGGAUGGAAAGUAACAUGGGGACUGGAAAAGAAGACAGCACUUACAAAAGGAAUUAGGGAUGUUUCCUGCUUAACUGAAACAUUUCUGCUUUAACAGACUAUUUUGGUUUCAGAUAAUUGUCACCGAUUCUCUCUGUAAUUCCUUGUUAAAAAAAAAAAAGUUUUUAAGCUAACCAAAUGUGUAUUUCUUUGUUUUGCUUUAAGAACAUAAUCUCAGUUAUAAUGAGCAAGCUUCUGCUUUUACUCUGUCCGUUGACCUGCCUAAUGUUGAGAGGCCUGGUUCAAAUGUUUGUACAUGGUGAAACCAAGCAAAAAAUAAUAAUGCACAACUGUUGCUUCCUUACAAUUCUGAAUGAAUUAACUUUUCUGUUGUAUCCAUUGGGAUACCUGCUGUGUAUUAAACCUAGUGC